UUCAACAGGGCACCUGUGAGUGAGUGAGUGUGCGUGAGAGAGAGAGAGAGAGAGAGAGAGAGAGAGAGAGGCGGGGAAUUAUCUAAGUCAAUUAGCUAGAGAGAGAGAGAGAGAGAUGGAGGCAUUCCCAGUGAUUGACAUGGAGAAGCUCAAUGGUGAAGAGAGACCAAUGACCAUGGAAAUGAUCAAAGAUGCCUGCGAGAACUGGGGAUUCUUUGAGUUGGUGAACCAUGGGAUACCACAUGAGCUGAUGGACAUGGUGGAGAGGCUGACGAAGGAGCACUACAAGAGGUGCAUGGAGCAGAGGUUCAAGGACAUGGUGGCCUCCAAAGGCUUGGUGGCUGCCCAGUCAGAAGUCGACGAUGUUGACUGGGAGUCAACCUUCUUCCUCCGCCACCUCCCCGUCUCUAACAUCUCCGACGUUCCCGACCUCCAAGACGACUACAGGAAGGCAAUGAAGGAGUUUGCCUUAAAGCUAGAGAAGCUAGCCGAGCAACUGCUGGACCUGCUCUGCGAGAAUCUCGGUUUAGAGAAAGGGUAUCUGAAGAAAGUGUUCCAUGGAUCCGAAGGCCCCACCUUCGGCACCAAAGUGAGCAAUUACCCCCCAUGCCCUAAGCCUAAUCUGAUAAAGGGGCUUAGGCCGCACACCGAUGCCGGUGGCAUCAUCCUCCUCUUCCAGGACGACAAAGUCAGCGGCCUCCAGCUCCUCAAGGAUGGACAGUGGGUUGACGUCCCUCCUAUGCCCUACUCCAUUGUCGUCAACCUUGGUGACCAACUCGAGGUCAUUACCAAUGGCAAAUACAAGAGCAUAGAGCACAGGGUGAUUGCUCAAACCGAUGGGAACAGAAUGUCAAUAGCAUCAUUCUAUAACCCGGGAAAUGACGCCAUUAUCUACCCCGCACCAGAACUGGUAGAGAGAUCAGAGGAGAACGGUCAAGAAUAUCCAAAAUUCGUGUUCGAUGACUACAUGAAGCUCUACGCAGGGCUCAAGUUCCAGGCCAAGGAGCCGAGAUUUAAGGCCAUUAAAACCAUGGAAAAAUCUACAGUUAGUUUGGGCGGCCCCAUAGCAUUUGCCUAAGGACAUAUAUAUAUAUAUAUAUAUAUAUAUUUCAACCGUAGCAAAGUGAUAUAAGCGGUUCAAAUUAGUGUUAUGUUUGUACGUAAUGUGUGUCUAUAAUAAGCCAUGUGACAGGACUUGUCUUGUCCACCUAGACGGUAUUAGUCCCCGAUCAUAAGACAUAUCUAGUUUGUGCCAGAGUGUUUGUAGAAUAAUUCAUAUGUGCAAUCACAGCUUCAAGAGCAGUGUCAUUGUGGUACACUAAA